AUUUGGGCUUGCGGGAUAAACCCUCGGAUCUGCAGUACACAGAUCCAUUACAGCAUCGGCAGCACUAGUGCAGGCUUCAUCCGUCGACAUACAUGCCCUGCGAGCCGCCAAUAUGCCUCCCAACAAUCCUCGUAUCGCCAUUGUCGGCGCCGGCUUGGGUGGUCUCACAUUGAGCUUAUUCCUCAAGCAACGAGGCAUCACCGCUGUUCUUUAUGAUCGAGCCAAAUCAGCGCAGCGAUACAAUUAUGGCAUCACAUUAUACGCCUCGACGUAUCGUCCCCUGCUGAAGCUCCUUUCCAUCGACGAAUCUGCAUUUCGAAAGCAAGUAGCAGUAGAUAGUCAAAAGGACGGCGCUGGCAGAGUCGCGGAUCUGGAAGACCGAGGGCUAAGCGAUGCGAUCCGCUGCAACCGUGGGCGCCUCGAAGCUCUUCUCCACGACAACCUUGAUGUGAAAUGGGAAAAAACCCUUCAAUCCGUUCAGCGCGCGUCCGGGGGCAACGAGAAGACACUGAAAUUCGAGGAUGGGUCUACCACCAUCGUUGAUCUUCUCUUUGGUUGUGAUGGCCCGCACUCGGCUACCCGCCAAAGCCUGCUCAGCUCGGCAAAACUUCAGAUAUUGCCGUAUGCAGUCUACAACGGAAAGCGACGUAUCGUCGAAGCGGAUGUCAUCGAGCGACUACUGCAGCAUUUUCAAGACAGUACUCUCAUUCAGGAAUUACACGGAAAUGUUCGACUGGAGAUCGGAAUCAAUGACAUCACGGCCUCCCACCUCGACUUGAGCUAUACGUUCUCGCGGCCAGCGAAACAAGAAGGCGCAGAUCCUUUGCACAGGCCUGAUCGUUCCCUUGAUGCAUCUAGGACUACUCCAGCUGAACUUUUCGAUGAGCUGAAAUCAUUGCGUAACCUCGAAUUCCCGUUCAACGAAUUGUUCGAUCCGGAAAAGGUCCGAGACGACCGUCUCUUACACUGGCUGAUGCGAUGCAUAGUUUUGGAGAAGCGUGACAUCGACGAGUUGGGCUCGCAAGGGAUCGCCCUGAUUGGUGAUGCUGCACAUGCAACACCCAUCCUGGGGGGUAACGGCGCCAACAUGGCCAUUUCGGACGCAUUGGCGUUAGGUGAGGCCAUUGGCUCAGAUGGAUUUGAAGGCGCCGUGAAGUUUUCGAAACAGCAGGCGCCCGGACAAUGGACAGAUCACGUCCAAGAUAGCAGAAAAAGAAUUGGUGCCAUGCAUGGGGUAGAGAAGGGUCGUUUUUAGUAGCCCCAUGGUAACCAUGUUCUCCAAGUAGUUCACGCGAACACGAUAAAGUAGAAUUGCAUGCUGCUCUGCGACACAACACGUACAAUGAACGCAGCUUUGAAACAACACAGUAAUUCUGUACAAAGCAAAC